AACAUGUUUGAUUGAUAUAUAUUUUAUGCCAUCUUUGAUUAACAUCUGUGGACCUAUUCCGUGAACCCAACCGAUGUGUACUGCCAGCGGAUAUAGUGACACUAGUCUUUCAUAUCAGACUGUUUUUCAAGAACGGGAAACGCCAUUCCAUAUCCAGUUCUUCAAGAAAUAAAGUUAUUCCUCUUGCCAACAUUUGGAUGCAUAUGUGUACAAUCAAUCUUCCAUCAAUCUAUUGUGGAUACAAGUGCCUUUUUCAGGAAAGAAAAGUUAUAUGAACCAUACAGAGAAUAUAUUAGAAUAACAAAUUUGUGCAAUACAAUAAUAGAAAUCAUCAUCUUCCAUAUCAAAUAAUGUAAUUAUGAAUUAAAUGUGAUAAUAUUUACGGAAACAUCUAUAUCCUUCGACAUAAGUUUGCUACAAUUUACAUCGCGAUUUUAUCAUUUAACAGUUUGAAAAUGCAUGAUUUGUAAAAAGGAAUUCAACACUAAAAGAAUCAUACAUGUACAUCUGUGAUGGGAUUACGUUGAGCUUCAAAAACUCCAUCGAAAAGUCGGCUGACACAUGUUGCUGUACGUGUGCUGUAUGCAUGACACUGAAACAAAUAUUUGAACAAACAGACUCUGUAUUCCAGAAAGAUGGGAGACUACGAUGAAGACCUGGCUAGCGGGGAGUCGUUCCCCUCUCACGAUGACAUCAAAACCAUUGUAGAACAGAAAGCGAGGGAGCUCUUCAUGGUGUGCGAUGUGGAGGAGAAGGGAUUCGUGAGUAAACGUGAUAUGCAGCGUCUCGUUGAUGAGCUCCCUCUUCUGCCGGACCAGCUAGAGGAGGUCUUUGAUUCGCUGGAUGACGAUAAGAAUGGAUACUUGACACUGGAGGAGUUUACGGAAGGAUUUGGUGGAUUUCUUGGUCUAAACCCGGCCCCAGCUGAUCAUAAUGAGAGGGAUGAUGGAGUGUUAUACACUGAGGAUCGUGAUCAUGAUGAGCUUGAGAGAGAUUUCAAACACGCGAUGGAAAGUAUUGGUGCUUCGGGGGUCAUUGCUGAACAUGAGGCGGUCAAGGAUCUUUGGAAGAAACUUCAUCAGGAUGAACCAAGUCUUCUGACAAACUUUGAGGACUUCAUACAACAUGUGUGCAUGGAUAUGAGGACUGCACAACUCAAUACUGGAGAGCUGGAGAAUGCAUUAAAAAGCCGAGACACCAUACAUCAGCAGGACAUCAAGCAUCUAUAUGAGGAGAUGGAGAGACAGAUUAGAAUGGAAAAGGAAAAGAUCAUUUCAGAGGAAAAGGAGAAGGAAAAGAGGAUUCGAGAGCAGCUGGAACAUGAUAUGAAAAACAAAGAUGAUCAACUGAACGCAUUACUCAACAAACAAGCUGAGUUGGAGCAGAAGCUUUAUGAACUGAGUCUGACUGAGACAGAGAUCAAAGAAGAAAAUGAAUCUCUUCAAGCGCAAAAUGAGCAUUUAUCUCAGAAGCUUGAUUCGUCUCAAACUGAGCUCGUUGAAUCUAAGACCUACCUCAAAGAAAUGACAGAGAAACACCUGAAAGACAAGAGAGAAAGGGUCAAGAGUAAUGUGAAGAUUGCACAAGGAAUCAUGCAAGAAAGAGAAAGCUUGUUCGUACAGUUGGAAAAAUUAAAGGCUAUGAAUCAACAGCUUCAGGAUGACAGAGAUAUGAGGAUGAGCAGAUCAUUAUCAGAUCCCUCGGAAGACGAAAAGAAGAAAACCCUUGUCAAGCAAGGCUCCGUCAUGUCAAAUUAUUUUGAAGAAGGCGUCAUCGGGGGGGACGGAGAGCAUGUAGGUAGUUCAUCGUUAGACGGAGGUAGAUCUAGUCGUAGGAGUAGCCGUCACAGCAUACAGCGAUCAAGUAUUCACGGUAGGACAUUCUCAAGAGACUUAGCCCACCACUUACAGCUCAGCCAGAGCUUCAUGGACGAUGGGGAGUGCGAAGUGGAUGAUGACUUCCUGCAGAGUAGUGGGUUACUGUCAACGAGUCUGACGUCGCACCCGGAGAGGGUUGUCUACGAUGAGGUGGAGGAGGAUGAACUCGUUGAAAGCAGCGAUGUCAGGACAAGAGCUGUUGAUAAGACAUCGGCGAGUGACAAGAGAAAGGCUUUUAAUAAUAGACAAGUAGUUGGGGAAACUAAGACUGCACCUGUUGUAGAGAACGGCUCUACCCCUAGCAUGAGUCCCGAGGGACAGAGGGCAGAUCCUGUAGGGGCCCAUACACCCAUUGAUCAGGCCUCAGCAGAGGCAAAGAAGCUUGUUGCAGCUAACCGAACCCCGGAGAGACUCUUCAAGGUGGUGUUUGUUGGAGAUUCGGGAGUAGGGAAGACCAGCAUCAUUCAUAGAUUCUGUACAGAUUCCUUUACAGACUCAUUCAGUGCAACCAUAGGUGUCGACUUCCAAGUAAAAUCUCUGACCGUCUGUGGUAACAUCGUAGCAAUGCAGCUAUGGGAUACGGCCGGUCAGGAGAGAUUCCGAUCCAUCACAAGGCAUUACUUCAGGAAGGCUGACGGCAUCGUUGUCAUCUAUGAUGUCACAUCGGAAACGUCCUUCAUCAACGUCAGAAACUGGAUGACCAGUGUCGAGGAGACGACAGAUGAUCAUGUUGUCAAGAUGUUGCUAGGCAACAAGAGUGACUGUAAUGAGGAUAGACAGAUCAAAGAAGAAGUGGGUCAUAAACUCUCGGAAUCAUAUAACUGUGAUUUCUAUGAGGUCAGUGCUAAAUCGGGCUCCAACGUGGUCGAGGCUUUCACUGCUAUGUCAAAGCUCCUCUUGCUCAAAGAAGACGAAGAGAUUCAGAAUUCCCUCAACCUCUCUGAUACUGGAGAAAGUAGCAAGAGAUGCUGUGAUACAUCUUAGAUAUCAUCUUACUUUGAGAUAAUGUUUCUGAUGUUAAUUUUAAGUCAUGCUCCACAGUGGUUGGGCCAAAUCAGUCCCUGCCAUGAGCGAUAUGCUUCAGAAUUCAUUAAUGGUCAAAGACAAUGGUGGCAGAUGUACAUGCAAGUGAAGCUGUGAGACAUCAUAUAUAUCAUUUUUCUUUGAGGUGAUGUCUAUGAUGUUAGUACUCAAUCAGACUCCAAGUGGUCAAAAGUUUUCAGAAUCCCCUCAAGCAUUACAGAUGAUGAAGACAGUUGAAAGAGAAGCAGUGACACUUCUUAGAUAUCAUCUUUCUUUGGGAUGCUUUCUUUGAGAAUACAGUAGCACUUAAUUGGGGUCCUUCGUGGUGAAGGCUUCCAAAAUUCACUCAAACGUCACAGACAAUGGAGACAGAUACAAGCGAUAAUGUGAAACACCUUCAAGAUUGUCCUUCUUUGAGAGGAUGUCUGUUGUGUAAGGGUCAGAGCAGGCUCCAACUUGGUCGAAGCUUUACAAUUCACGCAAACAGCACAGACAAGUAAGACAUCUUUGAGGUCAUCCUUCUUUGAGGUGAUGUCUGUGAUGUGAGGGCCAAAUCAGGCUUCAUUGUGGUCCAAGAUUCAGAAUUUACUAAAACGCCACAGACAAUAAAGACAGUUUCAAGCAACGCUGUGGGAUUGCAUGAUCAUCCUUCUAUGAUGUUAGCGCUAUAACCAGGCUCCCUCAUGUUCAAGGCUUUCAGAAUUUACUCUGAAAACAUCACAUACUAUUGAGACAGUAGCAAGAGAUGCCGGUAAGACAUCCUAGAUCUUUCUUUAAAGGACAAGUUCUCCCCAGGAAAAUGUUGAUUUGAAUCAAUAGACAAAAAUCAAACAAGCAAAACGCUG